AUGUAGAGAGAAUAAAUGUAAAAUAGAGAGUUAGAAACUGUAUUCAAAGAAUUAGAGAUGGAUGUAGAUGUAUUAAUUUAAUAUUGUAAUCAUUUUAGAUUUGUUUUGAUAAAAUGAAUAAUUUGAUUGACUAAAUAUUCAUUAGUGAUUAUCCAAUUUCUAAAAUUAAUAAUCCUAAAUUUGAGUAUUCUUUGCCAAAACUUGAUUAAUUCAAUUUCAUAGGUUAACCCAUCUUUUAAUCAAACAUUCUUUAAUAACUUAAACCAUUAAUCAAUUCAACAAUCAAACAUCAAAUUUAAUUAUAAUCAGAUUAAUAACAUUUCAAUUAAUAAUAACAAUAAUAGAUAAUAUCAAUUCAAUCUCCAUCCUCUUAAUUUCAUUCAAAACCAUUUGUUUAUUAAAUAAUUCAACAUAAUUCAAUUAAGUAAGACUAAUAUUGUUAUGCAAUUGCAAUUAAUAAAGAUAGUUCAAUUGUAGCAGUUAGUGGUUCUAAUGAAAUAAAAAUAUAUGAAUUCAAAUAAGGAAUAAUGAAACAAAUACAAAUCUUAAAUCAACAUACAAAUACUGUAUUGACUUUAAAUUUCAUGAAUAAAUCAAAUUAGUUAAUAUCUGGAGAUAAUGGUGGAUCAAUUGUAAUUUGGUCAAGCUAUAACAAUAAUUAAUGGAAUUCCUCAUAAAUAAUUAAAGGACAUAGUAGUUGUAUUCAUUGUUUAAUUUUGAAUAUUAAUGAAGAUCUUUUUAUCUCUAGUAGUAACGAUAAAACAAUUAAGUUUUGGAUUAAACAGAAUGAAUGGAUUUGUUAAUAGACAAUCACUGAUCAUACUGGUUAUGUUUGUUAAUUAAGUUUAAAUGAAUAACAAGAUAAACUUAUUUCUUGUGGAAGUGAUAAGACAAUAUUAGUAAUUGAAUAUUCGGAAUAAAAUAAAAGGUGGAUUGUCAUACAAAAUAUAAAAGUAGAUUAAUAGGGUUAUCGAUUAUGCUUUAUCAACAAUGAUUAAUUCACAUUUCAACCGAAAUAUGGCAAUUUGAUGGAUGUCUAUGAGAUGAAUAGUGUAAGUAAAUAGUUCACUAGAACAAAACAUAUUACUAUAAAUUAAGGUUAUGAUGAUUGCCAUUUAUUUCCAUAAUAAUUUAUUAAAUAAAAAUAGAUAUUAGUGAAUAAACAUGAGAAAUGUAUCAAUUUAAUAAGAAAGACAGAAAAUAAUGAAUUUAAACUUGAGUAAUCUAUUCAAUUUAAUCAUAAUUGUUUAUUUGGGUAAUUGAGUGAUGAUGGACAGUAUUUAAUUACUUGGGAU